AUUCUUCUCCUGGCAUUUACUUUGUUAAAGCUCCCAAUCAGCAUUUAGUAGUACCACUUCCCUCUUUUUCUUUUUCCAUGAUACUAAUAAUUAAAAAGUGUUUCUUGAAUUUCUAACCAGUUCUUCUGAUCAACCACCAUGCAAGAAAUGCUCAAAAUCCAUGUUAAUGGCGAACACACAUUCUUUAUAAAUCAGAAAAUCAUCACAACCUAUUCAGGACAAAUAAAGAAGAUGAUGAUAAAACAAACCAAGAUCAAUAAUUCAGUUAUCAGAAUUGAUAAUUUCCCAGGAGGAGUAAAUGGGUUUGAGUUAAUUUCAAGAUUUUGUCAUAAUCAUGGUAAAUUUCCAAUAACUCCAUCAAAUAUUUCUGUUCUUCAUUGCUCUGCAAUCUAUCUUGAGAUGAAUGAUCAAAUUUCACCUUAUAAUCUUCUUCAACAAACGGAAACAUUUCUAGAGGGUUUGUUCUACUGGUCAUGGAGUGAUAUUUUGAUUUCAUUAAAAAGCUGUGAACCUUUUUUCUCUUCAGCAGAAUCAUCUGGGAUUCUAGAGAAACUCAUUUCUUCACUUUUAGUAAAACUUUCUCAAAAUUCAGAUAUAAAUGUUACUCAUUCUUCUUCUCCUUCAUCUGCAUAUUCAUCUCCUGAUACAGUCACAACUGGGUUUAGAUUUUCUUCAUCAUCAAAAACCACUCCUGAUAAUUCUGUCAUUAAACCUGCAAGUUAUAGUGGUAAUAGUUCAACAAGUAAACCAUGGUGGUUUGAAGAAUUGACAGUUUUGUCCUCAAAUAUUGUAGAAAAGAUCAUUAAAACAAUGGGGUUCUGGAGAAGAGAUAAUAACAACUUAGUUAUCACAAAAUUUCUUCUCCAUUAUUUGAAAGCAGCCAAAAAUGGUAAUGGGGUUUCAGGAAUUGCAGAAACAGUUGUUUAUGGAGUGGUUUUACUGGGAAGAAAAGCUUUUUCUUGUAGAGGGGUAUUCUGGGUAUUAAGAGUGGUUUCAGGUUUAGGAUUAAGUAAGAAUUGCAGAGAUGAAUUGGAGAGAUUGAUUGGUGGAAUGUUAGAAGAAGCAAAACUGGAUGAUUUGUUGGUUCCUGGUAGUAAUAAUAAUUCAGGAGGAAGAGAUGUUUAUGAUGUUGAUUUGGUUUUGAGAUUGAUAAGAGUUUUUGUUAUUGAUGAUGAAGUUACAAUCCAGAAAAUGAAGAGAGUUGGGAAAUUGAUUGAUAAAUACAUGGGAGAAAUAUCACCUGAUCAAAACUUGAAAGUUGCCAAGUUUCUUGCUGUUGCAGAGAGUCUACCUGAUUGUGCUAGAGAUUGCUUUGAUGGUGUUUACAGAGCUAUUGAAAUCUAUCUUGAGGCCCAUCCAACACUUUCAGUGGAGGAAAAAUCUAGGCUAUGUGAAUGUCUCAACUAUGAGAAGCUCACCCUAGAAGCAUGCAAGGACCUAGCAAAGAACAUACGAGUUCCUCCAAGGGUCUCCAUUCAAGCUCUAAUAUCACAGCAAGCCAGCAAAGUCUCAAUUAAAACGACAUUGCAGGACAAUUUAAUACAAUCUGAAACUCAGAUGAUGAUCUUGUGCCCAAAAAAGCAAGCUUCUGAUAAUGAAAGAUUUCGAGAGUCAACCCUGGAAAAGGAUGAGCUGAAGCUUAACCUGCAAAGAAUGCAAUGGAGGGUAAUGGAGUUAGAGAAGUCUUGUAGAGAGAUGAAGAAUCAGAUGUCAGAGAUAAAGAUGAAGAAUCAGGUCAUUAUCAGUUCUCCUGUCAGAACAUUGACCAAGCUGUUUUGAACCUUCUCUUACAUGGACAGAAUGAUUAGAAACUAUAGUUUUUGUGUGUAAUGUUCAAGAUAAAUAGGCCAUUUGUGAAUUUAAUUGUAAUUUGGGGAUGGUAAUUCCUUAGAACCAAAUGAUUGUACAAUAAUUCUGAAAUAGUAUGCAUAUAAUAUGGAUAAGAUUUUUCUUCUGGGCACAA